CGUGGCUCGAGCUUCCUGGGGUUUUACUUCCUUCUUCGAAGCGACACAACCGGAUAAGGUGGCCCGUUCUCCAAUACUCAUGCAAAAUGGGCAUCCCGACUAAAGCAUACGUUGUCGAUCGUAAAGGGGCGCCGUUUGUGCUGAGAGAUGUCGUUCUCGACGCACUGCAGCCAGAUGAGCUUCUUGUCGAGAUGAAAUAUACCGGGUUGUGCCAUACUGAUCUUGUCGUCCAACAAGGGGACCUCCCAGGAAGCUUCCCCGUUGUUCUCGGCCACGAAGGAGCCGGAGUCAUCCGCGAGGUGGGCUCAGGAGUGCAGAAUAAGGCGUUAAGAGAGGGGGACCAGGUUUUUCUUAGUUUCCGAUCGUGUCAGGAAUGCACCGCUUGUCUCUGUGGCAAGUGCGGUGCGUGCAUUCACACCACUGAUUACAAUUUCGUUCGGUCUCGCCUGGACAGCUCCAAGCCCUCGCCGAUUAGUCUGCCAGAUGGAACUCCCGUUCAUGGGCAGUUUUUCGGGCAGUCUUCGCUCAGCCGAUUGGCGGUUGUUUCUGAAUGUUCUGUUGUCAAAUGCGACACUGAGUUUGACCUCCAGACUUUCGGUCUAUUAGCUCCUCUCGGGUGCGGUUAUCUCACAGGGGCUGGGACUAUAGCAAAUGCGUUGAAACCGGACGAGACAUCCACGGUUGCUAUCCUGGGAAUGGGCACGGUAGGCAUCGCGGCACUCCUUGCAGCCAAGGCCCUUGGAGUUGCGAAAGUAAUAGCUGUUGAUAUCGUCGAUGAGAAGCUCGAACUCGCAGCUUCCCUUGGGGCCAGUCCUACAAUUAAUACUAAGCACAACCCUGAUCUGUCAGAAGCCAUUCGCAAGCAUGUCCCCGAGGGGGCAGACUUCAUCCUGGAUGCUACGGGUAUUCCCUCUGUUAUCCAGGCAUCUCUAAGAGCACUAGCCCAUGGGGGUACAUUCGCGCUGGUUGGAGCGAUGCCCCCGGGUACACAGCUUCAGGUUGAUGCGUUGGAUAUAUUGACGGGGUGCAAGAAGAUCAUCGGUGUUAUUGAGGCGUGGUCAGAUCCCCAGGAGCUCAUUCCCCAACUUGUGCAGUGGUACAAGGAUGGAAAGUUUCCCGUUGACAAUCUUGUCAAGGUCUAUCCAGCCGGGGAUCUAGAUAGGGCACUCGAUGAUCUCAAGGCAGGCCGGGUUAUAAAGCCCGUUUUGUCGUGGGACGUCCUAUAAUCUAACGGUAAUUCUACUGGACCUCGACGUUUAGUACUUUGAUUUUCAAUGAUCGCUGUGCAGAAGUAAAUAAUGCGGUAUAUAAAGCGUGUACUGGGCAUAUAUAUAUUUCCCUGUCACACCAAAG